UUGCCUGUAUCCAACUCGGCGAGCCAAAGAAUCAGGCCACGUAGCGUCUCACCGGUCCUGUGGCUGCCGCGAAAAUUACAUGAACGGUCAUAUGGGCAGACCCGCGCGUGAUUUGCUCGAUUCAUCUUCAGCCGCGUGUCACCUUCGCCGCCACUUGAGGAGACUCGGACCGCCGCUGUAAGUAGUAGAGGGACCUUUGAGCAGCUCCCGAUCUUCUCUGACGACAACAGGACAGCCCCACCCUCCCCCUCCCCCAGUGAGCCUCCGACUGACGAGCUUCCUUACCUCACGCUGAGCUAACUCAUCUCUUCAUAGAUUCAUCUCUAUAUAAAUAAAUAUUUAUAUAUCUAUACAAACAUAUCAAGAACGCCUACCCAGAUAGGAAAAGGACCCUUUUACGUUUUCUUAUGGGUGGUUCUUCCCCAAUCAUUAGCAGCGAAUCGCAUCGUUAAGAGGAUCAAGUUCUUGUUGGCUUUUGCCUUGUCUGCUUGUGUAUAGAUGUGGGUUUACCGAUCAAUGGUUAGGCGUGCAAAGAAUAAGGACAGUUGUGAGGACGAGAAUUCUGGCAAUGAAUCUCAGCGAACCCAAGAAUCAGGUGCAGGUUCUUGUUACCUGGAUGAUGAUCUUGCCCACUUGACGAAACUGAGAUCAGGGCCUCAUGAGCAUUUGAGUAGGGCUAUUGGAGGCAGAAAGUUGAAACUGCCCGUAUCCCCUGUCACAAUGUUGGCUGCCCGCGAAAGUAACUUCUCGGGCCGAGGGAGGUUCUCUACUUCAGACAGUUGUCACAUGUUAAGCCGAUUCUUGCCUACACAUGGCCCCACGAAGUUGGACGAGAUUAGGUCCCGCACUUAUGUUUCUCAGUUCUCAGCGGAUGGCUCUCUUUUUGUUGCUGGGUUUCAGCGGAGCCAGAUAAGGGUAUACAAUGUGGAGAAGGACUGGAAAGUUCAGAAGGACAUUAUGGCCAAAAGUUUGAGAUGGACAAUUACUGAUACUUGCCUUUCUCCAGAUCAACGUUUCCUUGUAUAUUCUAGUAUGUCACCCCUUGUCCACAUAGUAAAUAUCCAAUCUGCUACAACAGAGUCCCUCGCAAACAUUACGGAAAUUCAUGAUGGGUUAAACUUUUCAGUUGAUGACAAUGAUGAUGAGGAUGAAAUCUCCAUUUUCUCGGUGAAGUUCUCAACCGAUGGACGGGAACUAGUUGCUGCUAGUGGAGACGGUUCAAUUUAUGUUUAUGAUCUCGGAGCCAAUAAGCUCAACAUUCGAAUCACAGCACAUUUGUCAGAUGUUAAUACAGUAUGCUUUGCAGACGAAAGUGGGAAUCUCAUUUACUCUGGCAGUGAUGACAAACUUUGUAAGGUUUGGGAUAGGCGGUGCUUGGUUAGUCGGGGGCAAGCUGCGGGAGUCCUCACCGGCCAUCUGGAAGGCAUUACAUAUAUCGACAGUCGUGGAGAUGGGCGCUAUUUUAUUUCGAAUGGGAAAGAUCAGACUACUAAACUUUGGGAUAUACGAAAGAUGACCUCUAAUGCAUCACCGCAGCAUGAGAGCGAUUGGGACUAUAGGUGGAUGGAAUAUCCACAGAAGGCAAGAAAGUUGAAGCAUGCUAAUGAUCUCUCAUUGGCCACCUACAAAGGCCAUUCGGUGUUGUGCACCCUGAUCCGUUGUUACUUCUCCCCUAUAUAUAGCACUGCUCAGAAGUAUAUCUACACUGGAUCUAGCGAUUGUUCGGUUUACAUAUAUGAUCUGGUGAGUGGGGCUCGGGUAGCGAUGCUAGACUAUCACGAUGCACCUGUGAGGGACUGCAGCUGGCACCCCAUCUACCCAAUGCUUGUUAGCUCCUCAUGGGAUGGUGUGAUAGCAAGAUGGGACUUUCCUGGGGAUGGACUGCAGCCUCUCCCAAAACCGAAAAGGAACCAUCGGAGGAUUAUUUAUUGAGGUUGUUGGAGUACGGUUUACGAUGAAGGCCAAAUUCUUUUGAAAACCUUUUGGUUGUCCAUAGCAACUUUUUUGCCAAUGAAGAAAUAUAGGUGCUCAGGAUCUUAUCAUAUGUAGAUGUAAUGUAACUCUGUCUAUUUUGAUUGGUAUGUACGUACAUAUACAAGCACAUAUGUUAAUGUCUGCUGAAGGUUCUUGGAUUUCUAUAUAGUGCGUAAUUAUCCUA